AUGGUGGAGGAAAAUUGCACCACAGUGACAGAGUUCAUUCUGCUGGGACUGUCAGAUGUCCCUGAGCUGAGAGUCCUUCUCUCUCUGAUAUUCCUUCUCAUCUAUGGAGUCACGGUUUUGGCCAACCUGGGCAUGAUUGCACUGAUUCAGUUAAGCUGCCAACUUCACACGCCCAUGUACUUUUUCCUCAGCCACUUGUCCUUCGUAGACUUUUGCUACUCCACCACAAUUGUACCAAAGAUGUUGGCCAACAUCUUCAGCAAGGACAAAGCCAUCUCUUUCCUAGGGUGCUUGGUGCAAUUCUAUUUCUUUUGUACAUGUGUGGUCACUGAGGUCUUCCUCUUGGCAGUUAUGGCUUAUGACCGCUUCUUGGCCAUCUGCAACCCUCUCCUCUAUAUGGUGACCAUGUCCCAGAAGCUUCGCAUGGAGCUGGUUUCCAGUUGCUACCUCUGUGGAAUGGUGUGUUCUCUGAUCCACCUGUGUUUAGUUCUUGGAAUUUCAUCCUACAAAUCAAAUGUGGUUGAUCAUUUCUUUUGUGAUCUACCACCUAUCUUUUCUCUUGCUUGCUCUGAUGUGUCAAUCAAUGAACUCAUGGCAUUCAUUGUGCCCACUGUGAAUGAGGUCAUUACCAUCACGAUCAUCCUCACCUCCUACUUGUUCAUCCUCAUCACCAUCCUGAAGAUGCGCUCUGUAGAGGGGAGGCACAAAGCUUUUUCCACCUGUGCCUCCCACCUCACAGCCAUCGUCGUCUUCCAUGGAACCAUCCUGUUCACUUAUUGCCAGCCCAGUCUAGGCCACAGUUGGGAUGCUGACAAAGUGGCCACUGUGUUCUACACUGUAGUGAUUCCCAUGCUGAACCCCCUGAUAUACAGUCUGAGGAACAAGGAUGUGAAAGAAGCACUCAAAAAAAUGGUAGGAUCCAAAUUAUUUUCUUAA